AUGAAAACAGAGGCAGCCUUGAGUGUCCCUGUUCUUGAAGUUCUUGACGCAGGCAAUUAUGUGGACUGGCGUGUUCGGGUAAAAACUUAUUUGAUGGCUCAAGAUCUUUGGGACAUCGUUGAGGGGACGACAGAAUCUCCUCGGCAAGAAGAAGAUGAAGCUGCUUUUAAGACUUGGUGCAAGAGGGAUUCUAUGGCUUUACAUGUGAUUCAGAUUGCCUGUGGGGCGGAUGCGUUUUCCGCAAUUAGGGAGAUUAGGAGGGAAAACAGGCCCGAGAACAAUGACUUUAUUCCAUUUUUGACCUUACGGGAGGCUGUGCGAAAUGGUGAAUGGAAGGGUGUAAAGGACUUCCUGGAGAAACGUCCCGAUGCAGUGACUGCAAAAAUCGAAGUUUUUGGAAGGACUCCUCUUCAAGUCGCUAUUCUUGCUGGACAUAUGCACAUAGUGGAGAAGUUGGUGGAGCGAAUGUCUGAAGAAGAGUUGAAAACAGUAGAUGAUGAAGGUUUCACAGCCCUAGCUGAGGCCACAUGUGGUGGAAACUACCAGAUGGCAAAGUGCAUACUAAAAAAGAACAAAAGCUUGGUCAGAAUUGCAAACAUAAACGGCGAUCUUCCAGUUGUACUGGCUAUUGUCACUGGGCAUGUUGAAUUCGCUAGGUAUCUCUACUCUCUCACUCCAAUAGAAGAUUUGAAGCCUGAAAAUGGCAUCAUCGGAGCUGCAGUUUGUACACGGGCUAUACAUAUGGGAGCUCUAGGUAAAAGCAUACAGUCGGCUAGUACUAGCAGUCCGUAUGAAACUCGUUUGAGCAUUAAUCCAGAUCAAGUAAGAAACCCUGAAAUGGAUGAUCAAGUAAAACAUUUCGGACAUACUGUGCUAGCUCUGUUCCUUCAACUUGUUUCAAAUCUCCAAAACGUCUUCGGUACAUAUUCUGCAUCCACUCAAUGA